CCAACUUUUUUAUUUUUGUCCUUUUAAAUCUCUCUCUCUCUCUCUCUCUCUCGUAAAUUAUCAGACCGAGUACAUUUAUUGUAAUUCCAAACUUUAUAAAUGAGCCAGCUCUGUUUCUUCUAUUGCAGAGUAGUAUAUAUAAACUAUAUAACAUUAUAUAAUUCAUUUCAUCUUCUUAUCUUUUCACAGUGGAAGAAAGAAGAAUCGAGUUUUAUAUAAGCCUUGUUUGAGUAAAGCAAACAAGAUAGAGUAAAGCCGUGAUCUUUUCGACUCAUCUCUCUCCUCUUCCAAUCCUUUUGUGUGCAUCUAAUCCAUUUCUUUGGUCCCUCUGUUUUCUUUGUUAUUAUUAUUUUUUAAAAACACGAAUCGAUUUCCAUGCUCAAUCUAGUUCUCCUUUUUCUUUAUCGAACAAAAUUGUUGGUUAUAAACUAAAAUCUCUCACUGAAGAAAAAUAUUCAACAGAAACAAAGAUUAAGAGUAUCAAAAUGGUGACUGGUUGGAGAAGAGCUUUUUGCACUUCCAUUACCAAGAAACAGGACACCCCAGUUUUACCAGAAAAACAACAGCAGCAAAGCAAUGGCACCAAAACUCCAAGAUUUAGCUCAAAGUUUGGAUUUUUCUCCAACCCAUCGACUCCGAGGUUGCAAUCUCAACCCGUUUCAAGCCCAAGUCUUCGUUGCCGAACCACUUCCAACCCAGUUUCUUCACUUCCUAAUAGCCCCAAACUUCAUUGCAAAACAUCCCAUCUCUCCAAUCCUUCAUCACCUAAAUCCCCUUCCAGUUUCUCCCUCCUUAAGGCAACUCUUCGCCUCUCCAAAGGUGGUCGAUGUGGAAUCUGUUUACAAAGCGUGAAAACGGGUCAAGGCACGGCGAUUUUCACGGCGGAGUGUUCCCACUCCUUUCAUUUCCCUUGCGUCGCCGCCCACAUAAAAAAGCAACAAUUACUGAACUGCCCCGUCUGUUCCACCUCCUGGAAGGAGCUCCCUUUACUCUCCCUUGAACAACAACCUAGUAAAACAUCACUCGAGAACAUCAACACGAAGUCGUUUCGGGUCUACAACGACGAUGAGCCAUUGGCCUCCCCGGUUUCUGUUUCUCAGUUUAAUCCCAUUCCGGAAUCCGACGAAACCGAAAACGACGACGUUGAAGAGGAAUUCCAAGGAUUCUCUGUGACUCCUACGAUUGCGAAAGAAAUUGGAGUUCAUCCAAGAAAUGUAGAGGUUAGGUUGCUACAAGAGGCAGCGAUGGUGGCAGUGGGGAGGAGCCAUGAGAGUUAUGUGGUGGUUAUGAAAGUGCACGCUCCAACGGCGACGCGGAGAGUGAGGAGGGCUCCGUUUGACUUGGUUACGGUAUUGGACGUUAGCGGGAGCGGGAUGCGGUUGCAGAUGGUGAAACGCGCGAUGAGGUUAGUUAUCUCUUUGCUUAACGAAACGGACCGUUUGUCGAUCGUGGUCUUUUCGUCGAGUUCGAAGCGGUUGUUGCCGUUGAAAAGGAUGAGUUCAAACGGACGGAGAUCCGCUAGAAGGAUUGUUGACGCGCUGGGAAGCAGCGGGCAAGGGAUGAGUGUGAAGGACGCGCUUAAAAAGGCGGCCAAAGUGUUGGAAGAUCGCAGAGAGAAAAACGCCGUUGCCAGCAUCUUGAUCUUAUCCGACGGUCAGGAUAAACAAUGUGAAAUGAAUUCCACCAAUCAGAACCUCCCAGUUGUUUCAACCACGCGCCUGGCACAAUCAGAGAUCCCCGUGCACUCCAUAGGUUUCGGCACAUGCAGUCAGGCUCCAAACGACGACGCUUUCUAUAAAAUCGUGAAUGGGCUUGUGAGCGUGGUGGUUCAGGAUGUCAGACUCCAACUGGGAUUCGUAUCCGGGUCAGCGCCAGCAGAGAUUUCGUCGGUCUAUUCAUUGACAACCCGACCGUCUUACGUCGGGUCGAAUUCGGUUCGGAUCGGGGACUUGCACUCGGGCGAGGAGAAAGAGUUACUGAUGGAGCUGAAAGUACCUGUAUCGUCCAGCGGGUCCCACAGGGUGAUGUCCGUACGAUCCUCUCACAAGGAUCCAUUUACCCAUGAGAUGGUCUACUCGAGGGAUCAAAGGUUGUUAAUACCUAGACCAUCGCAAUCGGUCCGAUCCUCAUCUCACACCAUGCAACGGCUGAGGAACCUCCACGUCAGCACACGUGCCGUCGCGGAGUCUCGCCGUUUGGUGGAGCGGAACCAUUUAUCGGGAGCGCAACAUUUGCUCACCUCGGCUCGGGCCUUGUUGCUGCAAUCUGGUUCCAGUUCAGCUGAGGAAUUUAUUCGCCGGCUGGAAACUGAAUUAGCCGAGUUGAACGGGCAGCGCCAUAGACAGAGGGCAAAUAAUAACAAUAAUAGUCAGGUGGAAGAGAAGGCCGAGCCGAUAACACCGACGUCGGCUUGGAGAGCCGCGGAGCGAUUGGCUAAAGUGGCGAUAAUGAGGAAGCAUCUGAACAGAGUGAGCGAUUUGCAUGGAUUUGAAAAUGCCAGAUUUUAAUAUUUUUUUUUUACCCACUAUUUUCAUUUUGUAAUUGUAACACAAAAAAUUAAAAAAAUGUCUUGAAUGGAGAAAAUUUAUAUAUAUUAAUAAUUCAAAAAAGAAAAAAAAGGAAGCGAUGUUGACUUCACUGAGGACAAAGAGGACCAGAUUGAUAGGCCCUUUCUGCAGGAGGACAGUGAGUGAGAUGAGAGUUCAGAUAAA